GACAAGCGAAAGAGAAGGAUCGGACGUUGAUUGGAUCGCUAGUCUAAUAUUUUUUCAUAUGUUGGUUGUUUCCCCCGUAUACACUUGACUUACUAUGGAAACUGACUUAAAACAUUUUUUAGAAUCUUUACCAAUUUUAAAGUGGGUAGGACUUCCGGUGUGGCUGCGCAAAUGGCGUGAAGUGAGAAGGAGCAGAGGGUCGUUUUUUCUGUUUUCCUAAGUGAACAUUAAUAUUUGAUACGAGGCAUUGCAGAUAGUUUUCUUAAUUACGUGAAGACAUUCGUGUUUUAGGUGAAUUUCAGGUAUUUUCCUCUUUGUUAAAUGCAACAGACUGUAAGUCACUACUUUGCACAAGGAAAUUCGGGAAGCUCGUGCAAGAUGCCGAAGAGAAAAGAUACGGAGAAGGAGAGUGCGCAAAAUGAUGAGGUGUCAAAUAAAGAGUUAAAGGAACUUUUCUCUAAUCUAAUACAGAAGUUGGAGAGUUCAAUGAACGAGAAGCUUACUGCGCUUGACAAAAAAGUUGAGGAAACGCUGAUCGUUAUUAAGGAGGAGAUAACUGAUAUGAAAACAGCGCUUCAAAACCAAGAUGACCGAUUAACUGAUUUAGAAAAGCUAAACACAGAGGUUAUACAACCUCAAAGUAAAAAGGUAAGCCUUCUUGAGGCUUCUUUAAAAGAACUGCAAGAUCAUAUUACAUACCAAGAGUUAAGAUCUCGGAAAUACAACCUCUUAUUUUAUGGCAUUCCUAAAGCAGAGAAUGAAGUUUCAAACGAGGUUAUUGUGAACUUUUUGAGUGAAAAAUUGGGCAUGUCAACAGCAGAGUCUAUAAUGAUUAAAAACUCUCAUAGGGUUCCAAAAAACCCCAACAGCAGUUACAAACCUGGAGCACCAGAAGCAGUCAUUGUUAAAUUCGUUCUUAUGGAGGACCGUAAUAUGAUACUAAAUCAUGCCAGAAACACUACCCUACCGAAAGGCUAUGCAAUACGAACAGAUCUACCCGUGCAUUUGAAGAGAAAGAGGGCAGAACUGGCUCAAAAGGCAUAUGAACUCAGGAAAUCAGGAAUGAAGACGAGAAUCCGUGAAACGAGGGACGAUGUGAUUCUGGAGUAUCGACAAAAAGGAUCUAGAUAAGAACAAGAUUAUUUGCAGGAGAUGACAGGUUGUAGGAGUAUGAUAUGGUGAAGGUUUUGUAUAUCUGUAAAGUGCUGAGUUAUGCUACAGUUGGUAUCGUGUUGUUUACUUGUCAAAUAAUAAGUAUGUUUUAGAUGCUAUUAGAAAGAUAUACUAAGGUAUGCUGCAGAUGUUUAAAAGUAAAAUACCAGUGUUUUGAGCUUUGGAUGAUAUCUGUAAAAUUCAGAGUUAUGCCUUAGUUGUUAAUAACUUGUAAAAUGUUGAGAAUUUUUGGUAUCGUUAUCUGUGAACUACUGUGUUAUGUCAUAGUUGAUAACUUGUAACAUAUCUACAUGUAGUAUGUCUCAGGAUAUAUAUUUGUUUGGCAGCUUAUGUAGGUCACGGUGAC